AUCUUUGCGCGGGCGCGGCGGCGGUGCUCGAGUUCACUUUAGCGGCGCGUGUUUGUAUGUUUUGUCUAGUUUUGUGUAGUUUGUGUUGCGGCGGUUGUUGGUCAUCGACACAGAAGCGGCUUAAAUGUAGAUCAGCGAAACAUGGCGGAUCUGUCUCUGCUGCAGGACUCACAAGAGGACACGGACGGAUUUGGUGUGGAUGGAUACGGCUCGGACUCUGACAGCAUCAUUAUACCUUCAGCGCUGGACUUUGUGUCUCAGGAUGAGAUGUUGACUCCUCUGGGACGACUUGAUAAGUACAUCAGUAGUGAGAACGUCUUUAACAGGCAGAUGGUGGCACGCAGUCUUCUGGACACACUGCGAGCGGUCAGUGAGGACGAGAGAGAGUGUGUGUGUGUGCUGGAGAGGAUAAACCGACUCGCUGAUGACUUGGAGCCGACGGUUCGAGCAGAGCUUAUGGAACAAAUCCCACACAUCGCAAUAUUCUGUCAGGAGAACAGACCCUCCAUUCCGUUCGCUUUCUCAAAGUACCUCUUACCCAUCGUCGUGAGAUACCUCGCCGACCAGAAUAACCUGGUUCGUAAGACGAGUCAAGCGGCGCUGCUGGUUCUUCUGGAGCAGGAACUCAUCGACAGAGGAGACGUGGAGAGUCUGGUGUGUCCCAUGUUAGUGGACCUCACGGCUCCCGACAGCAAUGAUGAUGUCAAAACAGAAGCCAUGGCGAUUAUUUGUAAGAUGGCACCGAUGGUGGGCAAGGACAUCACAGAGCGACUCUUUCUGCCACGAUUCUGCGAGAUGUCCUGCGACUGCAGAAUGUUUCAUGUGCGCAAGGUGUGUGCAGCGAACUUUGGUGAUAUCUGCAGUGUUGUUGGAGGAGAAGCUACAGAGGAGCUGCUGCUGCCGCGGUUCUUCCAGCUUUGUUCGGAUAACGUGUGGGGCGUUCGGAAGGCAUGUGCGGAAUGUUUCAUGACCGUUUCCUCAGCGACGUCUCCUGAAGUGCGGCGGACAAAACUCGCAUCUCUGUUUAUCAGUCUGAUCAGCGACCCCUCGCGCUGGGUGCGUCAGGCGGCGUUUCAGUCUUUGGGUCAGUUCAUCUCAACGUUUGCCAGCCUGAACAGUAACGUGGGUCAGUACUUCAGAGACGCAGGCGGCGAGGGCGACUGGAGCGUGACACGCACGCAUAGCGCUAACGCAGAUGCUGCGACCAGCUUGUCCUCUCACAGCAGCUCGCAGGAGAUGUCUGCGGUCUGUCCGCAGCAGGACUGCAUUUCCCACAAUCCCUCAGUCUGUGAGGAGCAGGGCGGAGCUGAUGUGGGUGAGGAGGGUGGAGGUGAGGAGACCGCAGACGUUCUGACGGACGACGAGUCAUGCUGCUCUGCUUCUUCUGAUAGUCCCGAUUCUAAGUGCCUUCCUGAAGAGACCGAGCCUUCAUCUGGACCCGUUGAGGAGCACAACCCACCAACCACAGCACUAGAAGAGCCCUCGGCCUCUCCUGAAAACCCCACAGCAGACGAGACGCCAACCUCCCCUCAGGUUCUCCAAGAGAGCGUCUUUAGUUCUGAGGAGAACAUCUCUAAAGCUUCAGGUCCGUCAGCAGUAGAGCAGAAGAUCCCUGACCAGGAGAUGUUCAACUCUUUCCACUACUGGAGGACGCCCAUCCCUGAGAUCGACCUGGAUCUGGAGCUGAUGGAGGAGGAGAACCAGCCGUCACGUCUGACCGCGGCUCCAGCACUCGGCAGGAAACAGCUGGUGGAACUCAUCGAGAAUCUGGAGCCGCAUAUCGAUGACCCUGAUGUCAAAGCACAAGUGGAUGUCCUGACGGCUGCUCUGAGAGCUUCAGUUCUGGAAUCGGGGCUUGAAAACUCGUUCAUGGAGCCUCGACCGGCCCAAUCAAAUCCCUUCAGCUCCCAGCACAUACAUGAACUCCUCCGAAACGAGACGCAGAGGCGUGACUCCGCCCUGCAGGUGACCCGUGAUGAUGAUGACUCGGAUGUGAGUGACAGCAGCGUGAAUCCUGAAGAUGAGCACAAAUCCAAACAUCAGGACGUGGUUCCUCAAGCAUUACUGGAUCAGUACCUGUCCAUGACGGACCCGUCUCGCGCUCAGACCGUUGACAUGGAGAUCGCAAAACACUGCGCCUACAGUCUGCCCGGCGUCGCGCUCACGUUAGGACGACAGAACUGGCACUGCCUGCGAGACACGUAUGAGACGCUCGCCUCCGACAUGCAGUGGAAGGUGAGGAGGACGUUAGCGUUCUCCAUCCAUGAGCUGGCUCUGAUUCUGGGUGAUCAGCUGACAGCGGCUGAUCUGGUGCCUAUCUUCAACGGCUUCCUGAAGGAUCUGGAUGAGGUUCGGAUCGGAGUUCUCAAGCAUCUCUACGACUUCCUCAAGCUGUUGCAUCAGGACACACGGCGUAAAUAUCUGUACCAGCUGCAGGAGUUUCUAGUGACAGACAACAGCCGCAACUGGAGGUUCCGCUCGGAGCUCGCUGAGCAGCUGGUGUUGUUGUUGGAGUUGUACAGCACUCAGGACGUUCACGAUUAUCUGCGACCGCUGGCCUUCUGUCUGUGCACGGACCGCGUGUCGUCUGUCCGGUGGACGUCCUACAGACUGGUGAGUGAGAUCAUCAGGAAGUUGUCGUCUUGUUCGUCUCUGCUGGUGAAUUUUCUCAGUGAGCUGGUGGAGAAAUUCUGUCACUCUCAGAAGUGGUCUGGACGGCAAGCGUUUGCCUUCGUCUGUCAGUUGUCUGUAGAGGAGGAGUGUCUGUCUCUGGAUCAGUUCUCGGAGCAUCUGCUUCCUCCUCUCCUGCAGCUGGUGUCUGAUCCAGUGCCCAAUGUUCGUGUGCUGCUGGCGAAGACCCUGAGACAGACGCUGCUGGAGAGAGAAUAUUUCCUGAACUCUGCCAACUGCCAGCAGGAGGCGCUGGAGCACACGCUUGUCGCCCUGCAGACGGAUGUUGACAAGGAUGUGAAAUAUUUCGCCAGUGUUCAUCCAGGGAGUACACGACUCAACGAGGAUGCCAUGAGCACCACCUCAUCUACAUACUGAACACACACACACAAGGGACUCUGAUUGGCCAGAGACUGAGAAACAAACUCUUCUAACAGCUUUCCCAAAAUGCACCUCAGUACAGCAGACAAUUGUCGGGUGAUUCGUGGGUUUUUUGUUCUUGUUUAUUUUGCCACAGAAGCCUUAAACGUGUCUUCCUUUAAAGCAGGAAAUACUUGAACUGCUGGAGAAAUCAAUUGAUUGACCACCGCAACUAUAAAGCAUUCUCAUGUUCACAGGUCGACGGGUCUGUUUCCUUCCUCUCAUGAUGGGACCUUAUACCUGUCUGUCUGUCUGAAGUGACUGUAGCACAGAUCAUGUGUCUCAUUUUUAUUCUUUGAUUGUGAUUGACUCAUAUGCUGCAUCUCUGUUGUUCCCGGUGUGGACGCAUGAGUCUGAUCUCAAUUCUUUUAAUGUACAGACGGUCAGGACUCGCGGCUGCAUAUAGAAACACACGUUAAGUUGUAUUUUUUAAACCAAUAUCACGAGCGGUCCAUCUCACAGUAUGUGAACAUUCAAUAGAAAAAUGAACAUGCAUCAAUGAGUAUUUUAAUGCAAACAUUCUUCUACUCUUUAGAUGUUCUGUAUAUAUUAUUCUUGUUUUUCAUCAUUAAAAUCAUUGAUGUUAUUCUCUUAAUCCAUCCAGAAUAAAAUUUCAGAUACAAUUAUUUGCUUUUUUUUUUUUUUGGUCUGUAAUAACUAUAAUAAGAGGGCUGCAUUUUGACAUUUCCUUGAGCAUUCUUUUAAUCACAGUAGUUCUGUCAGGAAUAGAUUGUGUAAUAUGAGGGUAAACAAUGUUAAUACAAGUUAAUAUUUGAUUGUCAACAUGCAAUCAUUUGCAACACACUUUUUUUCCUGCAAAGUUACUUUUCAGAGUAAAACAGGAUAUUCAACGCAGGAAAAAUAUAGCGUGACGUGAUGUAAAUUUUCACCAAAACUUUAAAGCAUUUUUAUUUGCAAUAAAAUACACUGAUGAAUCAUUCACAAUAAGACCAGAAACAUGGAGAAAUAAUUUAAUAUGUUGAGCAAGUCACUUCGCUAAUGCCUGGAGUUUAUAAAUCUCUUUUUUUAAAGAAAGAAAUUCUGUUAGUCUUAAAUAUCAAGUCUGGGUCAAACGAGGACUUUAUUUUGCUCAGUCACUGAACUAACAAUAAACAAUACUUUUAUAGCAUUUAUUAAUCUGUUUGUUCUACAGUAAUACAUUUUUAAAAGUUGUAUAUGUUGACAUUAGUGAACUAACGAUGAAAAGUUGUAUUUGUAUUAACAAAGAUUAAUAUAAGCUGUGAAAAACUAUUGUUGAUAAUGCAUUAAUGUUAAUGGAACCUUAUUGUAAAGUGUUAACAUGUUUGUUUUUUACAUGCGCUGUUCAUCUUUACAUGUAAACUUUUACUGUAGCUGCUGUGAGAUUGAGACUGUCUCACACAAUCAACAGAUUCAGCUCGCUCAGUGAAUGUGACCAUGUGACGCGAGUGUUCAUGGACAGAAAGGAUUCUUUGUUCAUGAGAAACACCGUGAUUAUCAGGCGUCAGUGGAGCAUCAGAUGAGAGUCUUUUCACUGAAAAUAGGGCGACAUCAUUAGACACCUGUGUGCUCCACACACACACACACACAGCUGAAGAGAUGAUGCAUUCAUAUCACACAAUCUGUAAACAACUUUAUCAAAAGUGAUCAUCAUUGAAAAUAAAGACAACGAAAUGUGCAGAUUGUGAAGUUGAUAUUUCCAGGACACGUGGAGAUAAUGAUGUUUUAAUGGAAUAAAAUUGAUGACUUCCAGCA